UACAAUGCUUUUGAGGUUAUAAUCUUGCACAAUAAUUCAAGACUUUGGACUUUGAACCACGUUUAAAGAGCUACGGAAAAAGAAUAAACGCUAUCAUUGACAUUCAGUAAAAGUAAUUGAGUAUAAUUGUACAUCUUUGUUAAAUAAGAAUGGCCCGUGUACUUGUAGGUGUAAAAAGAGUAAUAGAUUAUGCAGUGAAGAUUCGUGUGAAACCAGACAAGUCUGGAGUAGUUACGGAUGGCAUUAAACACUCGAUGAAUCCUUUUGACGAAAUAGCUAUAGAAGAAGCAGUCAGAAUGAAGGAAAAAAAGAUUGCUCAAGAAGUGAUAGCAGUUAGCUGUGGACCAGCUCAGUCCCAGGAUACAAUCAGGACUGCACUCGCCAUGGGUGCAGAUCGUGGAAUUCAUGUAGAAAUAUCUGGUCCUGAAUACCAGACAUUGCAACCCAUUCAUGUCUCAAAGAUGUUAGCAAAAUUGGCACAAGAAGAGAAAGUGGAUUUGGUGAUACUUGGCAAACAAGCCAUUGAUGAUGACAAUAAUCAGACUGCACAAAUGACUGCUGGUGUUUUAGAUUGGCCAGCUGGGACAUUUUGCAGCAAGGUUGAAAAUAAUAAUGGUGAAUUGACUGUUACACGUGAAAUUGAUGGUGGAUUAGAGGUAAUCAAAAUGAAAACUCCUGCAGUCUUGAGCGCCGAUCUUCGUUUGAAUGAACCGCGUUACGCGACUUUGCCGAAUAUUAUGAAGGCUAAGAAAAAACCUAUUAAGAAAGUUACUCCGAAAGAUCUUGGAGUAGACAUAACACCGAGAAUUGAAAUACUUUCGGUGGAAGAUCCACCAGUUAGGCAGGCUGGUGCUAUACUGCCGGACGUCGAUACUUUGAUAAGCAAAUUGAAAGAAAGUGGUCACAUCUAGUAGUCACAGCGUAAUUAUAAAAGGUAUAAUAAAAAUUUUUAAGCCUUGUUAUAUUUUAAUAAUUCUUUGUGUA